AAAUGCAAUUAUAUAAAAGGUAGCAUAUUUUUUAAUACAAAAUGAGUUCUCAUGCAAUAUCGUACGGGUUAUUUACCUAGUAUAACUAAUAACAAAAGAUUGUCGUCUAAAAUUGUACUUAUAACUAAACUAGAUAGAAAAUGACUAAUUUUACCAUUAAUCAGACAAACAUUUGAUUGGAUAAUAUUUUGUACUUAGACUUAAUUGGAGGAUGAAUUCCAAAGGGCUCUAAAAGAAAAGUUGACGGAAUGUAAAAAUGGGCUUACAUUUACCACAGUAACUCAGCCCAGACUAUUCUCUAAGAUUUUAGCAUCGAUAGAUUAUUAAGGUAAAUUAAUAAAGAGCAAAUCAAUUACAUUAAAAGGUUCACAUAUCUUUCUAUCCAGAUUCAAGAUUAUGUAUUAUUUAUUUCUUUCCAGAUUCCGAUAAUUCCACUCUCUGGAUCCUCCUCCAUAUAAGAUGCGGAAGAAGCUUGAGAUGAAGAGUAGAAUCAUUCCUCAGCCAUAGGGAGAGAAGAGACAAGAACAACAAGCAAGACAUCUCGUGUAAUAAUUACACACAGAUUGAGACAAUGGAGAGAAAGCCCUUUGAGGUUGAGACGACGGAGGAUCACAAACCCUACUCCGAUGGCGGUGCUUCUGAUUUAACGUCGACGGUUGAUUCAUCUGGCGACGAGCAGAAAAAGCUCGUUUAUAGAGGUUGGAAAGUCAUGCCUUAUAUCAUUGGUAAUGAGACAUUUGAGAAGAUUGGGAUCAUAGGGACAUUAUCAAACCUUCUAGUGUACCUAACUCAAGUAUUCAACCUGAAGAAAUACACAGCUGCAACUAUUAUCAGUGCCUUUAGUGGCACUAUCAACUUCGGCACUUUCUUCGCUGCUUUUCUGUGUGACACUUACUUUGGUCGCUACAAGACUCUCAGUGUGGCUGUCAUCGCUUGUUUUCUGGGAUCGCUUUUUAUACUAAUGACGGCUGCAGUUCCGGGAUUGCACCCGACUCCUUGUGGAACUAAAAGUUCGUGCCAAGGGCCAAAUGGGGGGCAGGUUUUGUUUCUGCUGUUGGGUUUAGCGCUUCUCGUAGUCGGUGCUGGUGGUAUCAGGCCGUGUAAUUUGGCCUUUGGAGCUGAUCAGUUCAACCCCAAGUCAGAAUCUGGAAGGAAAGGAAUCAACAGUUUCUUCAACUGGUACUUCUUCACUUUCACGUUUGCGCAGAUCAUCUCGCUCACGCUAGUUGUGUAUAUCCAGUCAAACGUGAGCUGGACCAUCGGUUUGAGUAUCCCUGUGGGUCUAAUGUUCUUGGCCUGCGUCAUUUACUUUGCUGGCCAUAAUGUCUACGUAAAAGUGAAAGCCUCGGGUAGUCCCUUGGCUGGCAUCGCUCGUGUUAUAGCCGCAGCGAUCAAGAAACGAGGGUUGAAGCCUGUUAAGAAGCCUUGCUCCGAUCUUUACAAUCACAUCCCGCCUAACUAUGCAAACUCUACACUCAAAUACUCGGACCAGUUUAGAUUUCUCGACAAGGCAGCGGUGAUGACCCCUGAGGACAAGUUGAAACCCGAUGGAACGGCUUCAGAUCCAUGGAAUCUAUGUACAAUGCAGCAGGUGGAAGAAGUGAAAUGCAUUGUAAGAGUGAUUCCAAUCUGGUUAGCUUGCGCAGUUUACUACCUGGCAAUAACAUUGCAAAUGACUUAUCCGGUCUUCCAAGCGCUCCAGAGCGACCGGAGAUUGGGUUCAGGUGGCUUCAAGAUUCCCGGCGCCACCUAUGUAGUGUUCUUGAUGUCCGGUAUGACGGUUUUCAUCAUAUUCUACGACCGUGUCCUUGUCCCGUCGCUCAGAAGAGUGACAGGGCUAGACAAUGGUAUAACUCUCUUACAAAGAAUCGGAUCUGGCAUUUUCUUCGCGCUUUUGAGUUUGUUGGUUUCUGGGUUCGUUGAGGAACGGCGAAGAGCCAUUGCACUGACAAAACCUACUCUCGGGAUUGAGCCUCGAGCUGGAGAAAUCUCAUCAAUGUCGGCGAUGUGGCUGAUACCGCAGCUCGUGCUUGCAGGGAUAGCUGAAGCUUUUGCAGCCGUUGGACAAAUGGAGUUUUACUACAAGCAGUUUCCUGAAAACAUGAAGAGCUUUGCGGGUUCUAUCUUCUAUGUUGGUGCAGGAGUUUCUAGCUACCUCGCUAGCUUCUUGAUCUCGACUGUUCAUAAAACAACUGAGCAUUCACGCUCCGGGAAUUGGCUAGCUGAGGAUUUGAACAAAGGGAAGCUGGAUUACUUUUAUUUCAUGCUCACUGGCCUCAUGUUUGUUAACAUGGUUUACUUCUUGUUAAUGGCUAAAUUUUAUAGAUACAAAGUCACUAACGAUGAAGCAAAUUCUGUGAUUAAGACCAAUGAAGAAGAGACCAAGGAGAAUCAGCAACACGACAAGAGCUAUGUCUGAUCUUGAGACUUUAAUUCUAUUUUUUCUUAUAUUCUAGUCUCCUCUUUGUUGUUGUACCUCAUAGAUAUAAGAUAAACCACUUCAUCUUUCUAAACAUGUAUUGUACAAGAAGAUUUUUGUUGAUAGUAUCAUACAGUGUAGGAAGAUUGUCUUUCGUCCUUCAGUCCUUCACCACAACAUAGCAGAACAAACCACUACAAGGAUUCGGAACAUAUGUAAUUCAGACUAAUAGAGAAAACUUCAUGAAGGAACUGAGAUAAGCUUGCUAUCUCUGUAUCAGAUAGUCUAAGCUUGUUGAAAGGUUUCAUUAGAGACUUUCCAAUUUGGUCAAUGUAAAUCCAAUCUGAUUUAACAAAAAUAUAUUCAAAUUUAUUUGGGUAUAAGUUUUCUUCCAAAGUUUAUUGUUUCUUACUCAGCUUUACAACAGAGAUAUUGCAUAGUAUUAUAAUUAAUUUCUUUUGAUUUUAAAUUUGUAAUUAUUAGUAAACAAUCCGAUAGAACUUGCCUCUAAUUAAGUUAACUAGAUUUUGACCCGCAUAUUCGUGCGGAUAUUUUUUAUUUUAUGAAUGUAUACUUUUGAUUUAUUAUAAACAUUUAAGUAUAUAAUUUUAAUUUUAGUGUUAUAUAUUGUGAAUAUAAACCUAUUAUUUUAGUAAAUUGUAUAUAUGGUAGCAUCCAUUAUAUUACUUUAGUAAAUUUUAUUGAUAUAAAAUAUUUUUUUGGAUGUUAUGAUAUUAAGUUUUUUGUUAUUAAAUUAAGACUUCAAAAUAUUAGAUUACUUUAAUUUUUAUAACAUAGUUUGUUUUUCCGUGUAACAUUUCAAGAAGUUAUUCUUUAUUAUCUAUGAUUAUACCUUUUGAAAAAUUUAAAACAUUAUCAUUUUAAGUUUGCAUACUUAUUUUUUAAAUUUUAAAUUUUGUCAAAAUUGUUUGGAAAAUUACACAACUAUAUUUGAGGUGGGAGAUUAUAUGAUUUUCGAAAUUGUUUUGUUACUAAAUUAAUACAUUAUUUUAUAUAAAUAAUUUUAAUUUCGGUAAGAUUUUUAUACAUCUCUCAGAUUAUUUUUAUAAUAUAAAUAUUAAAUUUAUAAUUAAAAAAUUGAUUUGUCUUUAAUAUUUUGAAUUAAUAAUUAAAAUUUCAUAGUUUUCUAAUAACAUAUUUUUAAAUAGUAUAUGAACUAAAGGUUAGUUAUAAACUAUUAUAUUUUGUAUAUUAUUAUUUUUUAAACAAUAUAUUGUUGAGAGUUUUAAAAUAAAAAAAUAAAAUAAUAUGUAGUUGUAGAUAUAAAAGUUUAACCUAUGUUAAUGAAUUUAUGUUUAUAAAUUUAUUUUUCUAAAAAAUAUAAUAUAGUUUAGGAAUUUUAACACAUUUUGAUGAUGAGUGAUAAUUUAUUUAAAUGAAACUAUUUUAAAAAUAAAAUAGAUAAAUUUACCCAUAUUUAAUUCAUAUAGUACUUCUAUUUUAAUAUAAUACAUAAUAAAACUAAAAAAUAUAUAAAAUAGUAUAGAAUUUUAUUUUCUUGUUUUAUAGUAAAUUUUUAAUUAACAUUGAAUUAUAAAGUUAUAUUAGUAUUUACAAAAUUAAUUAAGUGUUAUUUUAUAAAAAUAUUUAGAAGGUUGGUAAGAUUUUGUUAGAUUCUUUUUCAACAGAAUUUGUUAUACUUAAAAAUCAAUUUAUAUUUAUAUUUGUUUUAUUAUUAAUGUACUUAAUAAAAUAUGUCAUAUUAAGUAAUUUUUUAGAUGGUCCUAGUAUGACAUGUUAACAAUAGAUAAAAAAUAGGACUCUCUUUAAAUAGAUUAGACUUGAUUUUAACCCGCAC